UGCUUCAAAUUCUCUUUCCUUCUAAAUUUUGUGUCUUUUUUUUUUUUUUCUUUUCUUAUUUAUACCCCAUUUCUAGGGUUCUUCUUGCCAAGAAAACCCACACCCAAAAACCCCAUAAAUUUACUCCACUCACUGUUCUUCCAUCUGGGCUUCUCUGAUUUGGAGGCGACUUUGAGGAAAAAAUGGUGCGAGGCAAGACUGAAAUGAAGCGCAUAGAGAAUGCCACAAGCCGGCAAGUCACGUUUUCAAAGCGCAGAAAUGGACUGCUGAAGAAAGCCUUUGAGCUAUCAGUUCUGUGCGACGCUGAAGUUGCCCUUAUAAUCUUCUCUCCAAGAGGCAAACUUUACGAGUUUUCCAAUUUCAGUAUGAACAAGACAAUUGAUCGUUAUCAGAACAGGACCAAAGAUUUGAUGUCGAGUAACAACACAGCUGUUGAAGAUUUGCAGUUGGAGAAGGAACUCGACUCGUUUACCAUCACAAAGAAGUUGGAGCACCUUGAAGUUAGUAAAAGAAAACUGUUGGGAGGUGGGUUGGAUUCGUGUUCGAUCGACGAGUUGCAGCAGCUCGAAAGACAGCUUGAAAGAAGCUUAAGCAAGAUUAGGUCAAGAAAGUAUCAAAUUUUGAAGGAAGAAAUUAUGAAGCUGAAGGAAGAGGAGAAACUGUUGCUGGAAGAAAAUGCAGCACUGCAGGUGAAGGUCAGAAGAAAAUCGUCAAAAAAACGAGAAACGAAGCAGAGAUCUGAAUCAAAGGAGCAAGACAUAAUGGAUGUGGAAACUGAACUGUUCAUAGGACUCCCAGAAAGAAGAACAACCACCAAUGGCUUCCUCUAGAUUUUCAAACAAAAACCCUCCAAAAUUUAUAUUUCAAAACAAAAAAAGAA